AUGACCUCCCGCCCGACGCCUCUAGAGUUACCUCAGGAUACGCGCGCCUUCGUAGAUGCCAUUGCGAACCUCACCGAUCAUAUAGCUGCACUAGACGAGAAAACAGCCACCCUCGAAACCAAGAUCAUCGAGGAGAGCGCGGCUAACCGGAACCUUCUUGCUCAGAUGAAGGAUAAGGAUAUGCAGAUUAUCGAGGCAACCGUGACCGCCCGACUCGCCCAGCAAGCCAGCUUACCGACCCUCCUCACUUGGGAACGACUCCGCCGCCUGCUGCCGGAUCUACCACCUCCUCCCGACUGUCUGAGAAGCUUCCCGACCCUGACAA